AUGGUUCUAAUCUAUGUUAAAUCUGGUGAAUGGGUGUCUAGUUGCAAUGAAGAGUGGAUUUUCAUGGUAGACACAUCAAGGCGUGGUCGAAUGGUAACAUUAGAAACUACUACUCCAUUGGAGAAGCUCAAGAGGAUCGUGUGUGAGGAUUAUGGGGUGGACCAUAUUGUUCUUAAUACCGAGUUCAGUUAUUCGAUGGUGCGUGCAGAAGGUAUAGAUGAGUCUACAUAUUUCAUGAUCAACCAGUGCGAGGGAAGACAUUCAUGUGCUCCUUCAAAGAAAAGGAAAUUCGGAAAAACAACAUCGGCAAGAACAAUUGGGACUCUGAUACAACAUCGAUUCGGUGAUGCAAACGAUGGCCCAAAAGCAAAUGAAAUCAUUCAAUUUAUGAGAUUGGAGCAUAGUUGUGAGAUUACUUACUGGCACGCUUGGGAAGCUCGUGAGUUUUCUAUUGCAGCUGCUAGAGGUAUACCGGAUCGCAGUUAUGUUAAAAUACCAGCAUAUUUGCAUAUGAUUAAAGAAGCUAAUCCUGGUACGCAUACUCACUAUGAAACUAAUGAGAAGGGAAGAUUCAUGUAUCUAUUUAUGUCAUUUGGGCAAUCAGUUAGAGGAUUCAACAAUGCAAUGCGAAGGGUGAUUGUUGUUGAUGGAACUUUUCUGAAAAAUAAAUACAAAGGAGUCUACUUGUUGCUACUGCUACAGUUGAAAGUGGUUAUUGCUGAUUGUCAAGACCUAGAUUUUGUCUCAGAUAGAAAUGCAUCUAUUUCUAAAGCGAUUGGGACUGUCUACCCUCAAUCAGCACAUGAAAUUUGCAUUCAUCACUUGUUGACCAAUGUGGUUGCAUUUUUCAAGAUAAAAGGGCUGACUGCCUUGGUGGAAAAAGCUUCACGGGCAUAUAGGUACACUGAAUUUCAGGAAUGUAUCACCAAAAUUUUUGAAAUGAGUCCUGAGCUUGGAAGAUAUCUGCGGGAGGCUGAUGUGCGCAAAUGGGCUCGUUCUCUCUUCCCUGGUGAAAGGUAUGACAUUAGGACCACAAACCCUGCAGAGUCGAUAAAUUCAGUUCUGAGAAUACCUAGAGAAUAUCCGGUUAUUCCUUUGCUAGAUAGUAUAAGAGAACUGUUGACUCGAUGGUUCUAUGAGUGUCGCUUGGUAAGCUCUAAGCAUCUUGAUCCUUUGACCACUAAGGUGGAGAAAAAGAUUGAUAGGAGAAUUGUGAAGGCAAAAGGAUUUCAAGUCUACAAGGUUGACGACUUCAAAUCGCUUGUGAAAGGAGACAUAUAUGAUUGUCAUGUUGGUUUGGAAAGAAGAACAUGCACAUGUGGGAAGUACAAUAUAGGAAAAAUUCUUUGCCGACACGCCAUUCCUGCCAUUUAUUCACGAGGCAUGGAAGUGCACAGAUUUACUGACGGCUUAUACACCACUGCAGCGUGGAGAACCGCCUAUGUGGAAUCCAUUAAUCCAGUAGCAGUUCCAGAGUGUGAAUGGAAUGUCCCUGCUGAGGUUAAACUUGCUAAGGUUUUACCACCAGAGACAAGAAAGAGUGCUGGUCGGCCAAUAAAGAGAAGGUAUGAAUCAGUAGAAGACAAGAUAAAAUCUUCUCAAGGAUCAAGAAAGAAUAAAAAGCACAAAUGCAGUCGUUGUGGUACCGAAUGA